AUGUCGGAUGUUUUGUACAUUGGCAAUGAUGAAUAUACUGAACGACAACCUAAGAGUGAAAGUUCUCAGCCCCAAAAUGAAUUGGCUGGAGACUCUCAGCGAGAUUGCCCAUCAACCAAAGAGGACGAUACUGAAAGUGGGUUUAUAUUCCGGGACGGAAAAUCUCUAGCAGUACCGAUAUCAGAAAGGGGGAUUACAAAUUUAGCCGAGACUCCCGGUUCCACAGAAAGUAUGGAGGUUACUUUUGACUGUGAAUACGAUCUCGAGGCAUAUCUGGAAGAUUUUUCUCGUCUCAUGAGGAAGGGUAGAUUUGAUGCUGCCAUAGAUCUUUUCAAAUCUUGUCCAUCGGACUUGAGAGAUCACCCGGAAUUUGUUCUAGACUUCGUGGAUGCUUUACUGAAGCAGGGUGCCUACAAGACUUUGAUGGAUUUUGCUGCGGGUAAGGAGUCAAUUUUGCUGAAGCAGUUGAGUGACUGUGGACAGAUUCCUAUUCAGUAUCUGCGUUCCGUGUUUGAGUUGGGAAGACAGCGUGCUUUUCGUUACUUGCCCGACGGUGACAUGAAAGACGCGGGGGCUGAUGAAGCUCAAUUGGAUUUACUGACGAAUUUCGAGAGCCUUGAUUCGAUUCAGGUACAAUUGCUUUGUAAUAUUGUUCAGCUUGAUUCUGAAUUAAUGAAAUACACAAAGCUACCAGAGAUUAUCCCUCGAAACCCCGAAAGUAUCAUAGAUAGCUCGUCAAACUGGCACAGUUUGUACAAGCAUCUUCUCUCGACUAACAGAAUAUGGGAUAUGCGAGACCUUUUUCAGGCUCUUUGUUCCAGAUAUGGAGUCGGAGAUGCCAUUAAAUUAUUAUUUAAGAAUCGAAAACAGGACCGCUCCAAGAAAGCUCCUAAGUCAGAUGAAUCGGAAUUCAGCGGGUGGUUUCAUUUUGUGUUUGACUGGACUCAACGUUCCCAUGGUGACGAGUCUACAGAUUUAGCCCUCCUUGACGUUUUGGUAACUAUCUUUCUGCAAUUAUUAUCGCAUAGCAGUCAAAUUGAUUCGUCAAUCACGAAAAUCAUCAAUCAAGCCAUGGCUCAUGCCAACCAGUUUACAAUCUCGCUUAGUCUAAGCAAUCCAGAGAAUGUUCAAACGAGCCCCUAUCUAAAAUGGGCUUUGGCCAACCAAAGACUGGCGAGAGAACUACCUUCCAAUCCGCGGGUUAUCAUAUUCAUUUCUAAUCUGCCGAUCUACGUUCCAUUAGACUCUCAUGAUUUGAGCCCCGUGCACUGGAAAAGGCAAUCGCGAAGCACGCCGGAGAAUUUGCUUAAGCUAGGGCUAGAGGUCUCUCGCAAAAAUGGCAAUUAUUCUCUUAUAGUAAAAUAUUUGCAAGAGAUAUUUUUUACAUCUGAGUCACCUUCAGAGGUGCUAGACGAAUUGUCGCACAUACAAGAAGACUUGCAGGGAGACAACAUUGGUUACUUACAGACUUGUCUGACGAAAUACCUUUUCGCGAGUGAUAAGCCUGCUAUGGAAGACCUCAGUAAUGAAAUAAAUAAGUUCGAUGAGAAGAUUCAGGAACUAGACUUCAAUCCUCGGAAGAUUGACCCGUUAACAAGAUGGUCUCAACGAGGUAUUCAAGCUGCAUUGCACGAGCGCCUACGUAGGGAUAAAUUAUCGACAAAUUCAUACUUUGAAGAGCAAGAAAGUGCAUAUCGAGAGCUGCUGUACGAUUUCAAAAGCUUAUUAGCAGAAUUAGGAAAAGAACACGCGCUGUCGAAGGACUUCAAAAAACGUUGCAAGGGGACUAUCUACCGAGAUCAGAAUUUCAUUGUCUGCGACUCGUCAGGGUACUUUACAAGAAUCUUUGAGGAGCCAAGUCAUGAGGAAGUAUUGAUUGAGAUAUAA